AUGAAGAAUCAAGAAGAUCUUCUACAUGCCACUCUGGUAGCAUUUCUAUCAGAUAUUCUGAUAUGCUACUUGUUGAAAAAUUAUACCCUCCAUUUAUCAACACUUGACUAUUCUGAUUCUCACCGCCUUUCUCAGUUGCCGGCGGAGGUGGAGGUGGCGGGGUUGCCUGUGCCAUGGAGCUUUCAUCUGUUGACGUGGCCUUUGCAUCAUUACUAUGUUGUUUGGUUGAGGGAAGAGAAGCAGGCUUAUUUCUUGAAUAUUGGGACUUUUUUAUUAGUUGGAAUAGAGUCAGAAACACUGGUUAAAGAAGAUGUGGAUGGUGUUGAAGGGCAAACGGUAGAGGUUGCAGAAAGUUUUAAACCAGUAGAUUUUCAUAAUCAGAUGGAGUUUCUACACUUCCUUCAGCUGCCCCCGUACAAUAACCAGCUUCGGGAAACACCUUCUCUUAUAUCCGGAUUCUUCAAUAGCUUCGAAAUCUCCCCUUUAUGCGGAAAUCAGUGGCCACAGGUAGGAAGUUUGGUUUCGAAGGGGAGAAGAUUUCACGUUUCAAUGGGUUUGAAGUAG